AUGCAGCGGGUCGGUAGCGGUCUCCCCAGCAGGAGCCGGGUGGCAUCCCCCUGUCCCAGCGCAGCCCUCGCUGAACAGAACCAGGUGGCCACGCUACCGGUACGGCUGCUCAGGGACGAUUCGGCAGCUUCGCAGAACUUCCCUGUGGAGGAUGGCUUCCAGAUGAAGGUGGAUACCUACGGCUUCACUCCCGACGAGCUGCUGGUGCAAGUGGACGGCCAAUGUCUGAUGGUGACGGGCAAGCGGCAACUGGAGGGCCGCAACCCGGAUGGGGCCGGAUACCGCAUAGCGCAAAGGGUGCACCGGCAGAUGCAACUACCACCGGACCUGGAUCCAGCCGCCAUGACCUGCAGCCUGACUCCCUCGGGCCAGCUGUGGGUCCGAGGCCAGUGCCGGGCGCUGCCUCCCCUUGAGGCCCAAACAGGACCAUCCCUGAGACUCCAGGGCCGUGGCUCUAAUAAGAGUCAACCUAGCCUGACCCGAUAAACAACCCUGGUGUGCAGCA